CGUGCGGUUCCCGGGUGCCCGCAGCAGCGCGCGCUCCGCAGUCGGCGCGGUCCAUCCGGGGGCCCCGCCUGCUCCGCCGGGUGGGCGGUGGCGCCGAGGGACGCCCCAAGCACGCUCACGCCCGCGGGCGCAGCCCUGCCGCUGCCCUAUGCCUAUCGGUUAUAUAUAUCCAUGUAUUUCUGCCGCUUCCCACUUUCCUCACUCCUUAAUCUGGAUGGGACGUUGGGAAAAAUGGACAGGGUCGUGUUGAGGUGGAUUGCUCUCUUCUGGCUAACAGCCAUGGCUGAAGGCCUUCAGGUCACAGUGCCUGAAAAGAAGAAGGUGGCCAUGCUCUUCCAGCCCACCGUGCUACGCUGCCACUUUUCCACGUCCUCCCAUCAACCUGCAGUUGUGCAGUGGAAGUUCAAAUCCUACUGCCAGGAUCGUAUGGGGGAAUCCUUGGGCAUGUCCUCUCCCCGGGCCCAGCCUCUCAGCAAGAGAAACCUGGAAUGGGACCCCUACCUGGAUUGUUUAGACAGCAGAAGGACUGUCCGAGUGGUAGCUUCAAAACAAGGCUCUACUGUUACCCUGGGAGACUUCUACAGGGGCAGAGAGAUCACGAUUGUUCACGAUGCAGAUCUUCAGAUUGGAAAACUCAUGUGGGGAGACAGUGGACUCUAUUACUGUAUAAUCACCACCCCUGAUGACCUGGAGGGGAAAAAUGAGGACUCAGUGGAACUGCUUGUGUUGGGCAGGACAGGGCUGCUUGCUGAUCUCUUGCCCAGUUUUGCUGUGGAGAUUAUGCCAGAGUGGGUGUUUGUUGGUCUGGUGAUCCUGGGAGUCUUCCUCUUCUUCGUCCUGGUGGGGAUCUGCUGGUGCCAGUGCUGCCCGCACAGCUGCUGCUGCUAUGUCCGCUGCCCCUGCUGCCCGGAUUCCUGCUGCUGCCCUCAGGCCUUGUAUGAAGCAGGGAAAGCAGCAAAGGCCGGAUACCCUCCCUCUGUCUCCGGUGUCCCCGGCCCUUACUCCAUCCCCUCUGUCCCUUUGGGAGGAGCCCCCUCAUCUGGCAUGCUGAUGGACAAGCCGCAUCCACCUCCCCUGGCAGCAAGUGACUCCACUGGAGGAAGCCACAGUGUUCGCAAAGGCUACCGGAUCCAAGCUGACAAAGAGAGAGACUCCAUGAAGGUCCUGUACUAUGUCGAGAAGGAGCUGGCUCAGUUUGAUCCAGCCAGAAGGAUGCGAAGCAGAUAUAACACCACUAUCUCAGAACUCAGCUCCCUGCAUGAAGAAGACAGCAGUUUCCGCCACUCUUACCAUCAGAUGCGAAGCAAGCAGCUCCCGGUGUCUGGGGACUUGGAGAGCAAUCCUGACUACUGGUCAGGUGUGAUGGGAGGCAGCAAUGGGGCCAGCCGGGGGCCCUCAGCCCUGGAGUUUAACAAAGAGGAUCGGGAGAGCUUCAGACACAGCCAGCAGCGCUCCAAAUCAGAGAUGCUGUCCCGGAAGAACUUCGCCACCGGGGUGCCGGCAGUCUCCAUGGACGAGCUGGCAGCCUUCACUGACUCCUACGGCCAGCGGCCCCGCAGGGCGGACGGCAACAGCCACGAAGCGCGGGGCGGGAGCCGCUUCGAACGCUCCGAGUCCCGGGCGCACGGAGGCUUCUACCAGGACGGCUCCUUGGAGGAGUAUUAUGGCAAGAAAAGCCGCAGCCGAGAGCCCCUGACCGACGCGGACCGGGGCUGGUCCUACAGUCCCCCGCGCCGCCGGGCCGCCGAGGACGCGCACCUGCCGCGGCUGGUGAGCCGGACCCCGGGCGCGGCGCCCAAGUACGACCACUCGUACCUGAGCAGCGUGCUGGAGCGCCAGCCGCGGGUCGAGGGCGGCAGCCGCGGCGGCAGCCUGGAGACGCCGUCCAAGCUGAGCGCGCAACUCAGCCAGCGCAGCGCCUCCUACUACGCCUGGUCGCCGCCGUCCACCUACAAGGCGGCGGGCGCCCCGCAGGGCGACGAGGAGGACGCGUCCGACGACGCGCUGCCACCCUACAGCGAGCGCGAGCUGAGCCGGGGUCCAUCCUACCGUAGCCGCGACCUGCCCUACCACAGCAACUCGGAGAAGAGGAGGAAAAAGGAGCCCGCCAAGAAAACUAGUGACUUUCCAACCAGGAUGUCCCUUGUGGUCUGAUGUUUGUUUUCAAGACAUCUCUCUGGAUAUCUAGAAGUCACAAGGAGACUCCAGGGACAAGACAGAUCCAAGAGCCAGCAGGCCCGGAACCUUCUCUGGCCACCACCUUGGAAGAUUUGCUGAUCAUCUGCUUUGGCAAAGGAUGGGAGGCAGCCUUUAAGGGAGGUUGAUUCCAAACCUCAGUGCCCAUCAAACUAGUCUGAGAAAGUUAUCAAGAAAACAUCUAAGUGUGAGAACAUUCGCACAUACAGAGUUGAUUAUUCCCAGUUUAUCCUUCCCGGUCUCCCUCCUUAGCUGGACAAGGCUUCUUUUCCUGUUUCAUAAGCGAGUUAGCUCUGGACUGCUAAUCUCCAGAAAUUGCCUAAUGCCUACAGUAUGCUUUUCUAUACCUCCUGUGCUGUGCUUAGAGACAGAAGAAUUUAUUCCUGCUAUUAGAAGGCCUUCUGCUGAUAACAGAAGAUAGCAUCAAGGCAAAAUAUACCUUUUAUCCCCAACACUUUCCAGUCUCUAGUCAAUGACUGUUGUUACACUAAAAUCAGAGGACUUUUGUUGAGCUUAGUGACAGUGACCUGCUGGACAAUCACAGGAAUGACUUCAAUUUGCUGUUCUGAAUGACAGUUCUUGAGUGGCUGUAACAAAAUGAAAGAGAGUAUAUCUUUUUGAAAGGCUAUCUAAGUUGUACUUCUUUUUCCAUUCAAAGAACAUAAACUGCUUUUCCUCCUCCGGCUGUACAUGUCAACAUCUGCUUCUUGCUACUAAGGGCUCUCCACUCAUUCCUCCCCUCUCCUGGACUCUGCACAGUUGGUGCCACUCUGCACUGGGAUUAGGAUGUCAUCAGGUACCUUUUGAUACAUGCUUAAAAUAUGCACAAAAGAGAAGAGAGAGAGAAAGAGAAGAAAGCAAUAAUACAAGAUAGAGAAGGAGAAGGAAUUUAAGAAGAAAAUAAUAUAUGUUCUCAUUAUAUUUUGAAUAUGGGCCAUUUUUCCCACAAGCCCCACUCUGGUUUACUACUUCAUUUACCUUGGGUUGUUUCUGCCAUUCUGGUUCUGGCACUCCAGGACACCAGGGAUGUAGAGCAUGCAUCUCUUGGCCUGACCAGGCAGCUGCUCUAGAUAAGUUUGGGGGAAGAGGGGUACUGCAUUCUCAGGAAGGAGCAUUCCCCUGCACUGUGCAACCCCCUCGCUCCCUUGCUUAAAUUUCAAAGCUGGAUCUCUCUGGACUUUGUAAUUUGUGUAGAUUGUAAAAAUGGCCACAAACUCUUCCCCUCUCAUUGAGGGUAGAGUCUGUUUCUUCACCCCUUGAGUUGGGUUGGCCAUGUGACUUGAUUUGGUCAAUGACACAAUAGCAAAUAUGACACAAGCAGAGAAUUAAAAGGUUCCAGUACAAGGGCCUUGUCCUUUCUUGCCACUCUUAGGAUCCUUGGAACUGCCACCAGGUGAGUGAACCUGGGCUAGCCUGCUACAUAGUGAGAGAAAAGGCCCAUUACCCCAUCACCCUAACUGAUACAUGCCAACUCUCAGCUGAUUGCAGUGAGCCCAGCUGAGACCAACAGAAGAACUGCCUAGCUGAGCCCAGCCCCAAACUGUUGAUUCCUGCUCAAGACAUGAGGAGUUGGUGCACUAUCUAUGUUCAUAUCUCCUCUAGGACAAAACUGAUGUUCCCUUCUUGUCUCAGUGUUUAGCCUUGAAUUCCUGAAUCCAUCCAACCCUGGGUGUCUCACAGCCUCUACUUUCUCGGACAGACUUUUGUCAGAGCUUUCCACCAUACACUAUGAUGGUGGGACACAUGGUUGGGCUAAAUCACUGGAGAGAAGUGAUGCUUGACCUUGCUCUCCUCUCCUCCCAGCAGUUGUCCAUUCCCUAUGGAUCCGUGGACAGCCUCUGGAGAAGCUUUCAUCUUCAGCAUUUCUUUGGUCUUCUCCAAAGCCAGCUGAUUGGCUCCAGACGCUAUUCUCCGAGUAUAUCCCACUAGUUCCAUUAUAUUUCAUGGCGUUUCCAAAAAAGACCUGUGUGUGCAGUGAAAUGAAGAAGAGACUAGGUGAGGAUCAGAGGGAAUGAGUUAGUGUCAUUGCUGAAAGGAGAACUGAUCUAUCAAAGGACUUUGCAGUUGCUUUGGCCUGUCCCUGAGGAACUAGGAGGACAGUUAAGCUCCCUGCUGGCAUGCCCAAGGGCUGGAAGACACAAGCCAUAACCCUGGUGCUGAGUUUUAGACUUGCUGGUCUCCCUGGCCUCUGAAAGCCUAUGUAAAGUCUGUUCAUUUGGGUCCAAUUGAGAUGGAAAAAAAUUAUAAAAACAUCAUUUCUUAGUCACCAGCUUCAGAUUUCAACUUGCUCAGGCAAUUUUGGAAAAUGUUGGGUAGCUGCAGUAGCUAUUAUCUCUUUAAACAGAGCACUGUGUCAGGUUUCUCACCACCAAAGAGCCCCAUAGUACCAGCUGCAGAGACCAAAAAUAUUGCUCUUAUUAGCAAGGGGCAUGUAUGAUUUUGGUGACGGUUGAAGGGAGCAAUGGGAAAGAAUUAUUAUAAUUGGAAACCUGCAAUUCCAAAGACAAUAAAAUUACAGACAGACAAUAAAAAAUACAAAGAAGAUAACAGGCUCCUGAAAUAACCUGGGGGAAACAGGGACAGGACCAGGUUGCCCUCUGUAGGGCUGCUUAAGUCACUCAGACUUCCAGGCCAUCAGUCAAGAGAGAAAAUAGUCAUUUCUGGAUAUGUGGACAGGAGAUGAGGCUGAAUAGAAAAGUAAAGGCAAAGCUGGUGCUCAUCAGCACCCCUGACUUUUCCCUUCAUGCCCCUUUGUUUCUUCUCCCCUAGAUAGCGUGUCCUGCCUAGGAAGUGCUUAUACAUGUUAGCUUCCUUCCUAGGUUUUAUUGGGGUACAAAGUCAGUCUUAUAUAAGUCAUGGUCUCUGCCCUUUGGGACCCUACAUUUUAACAGAGGAAAUGAGACAUGCCCAAGAAAGAACUGGGAGAUUUUAUACAUAGAUGAAAUAGCAGUUAAGGAUAAAUUACAAUAAACCCAGAGAAUUAAGGGAUUGUUUUUUUAUUUAUGUGGGAAUAUUUUGAUAUUUAUGUUGUGCUUGUCCAUCUCAUUUAGAGAAAAGCUUAGUGAUCUGAAAAGCCAAUAUUUGAAAAUCUGAACUUAAAAGAGGUGAAUUAGGAGGAGGGAGAGGCAGAGGACCCAGAGGAAUGAUGUUUGUCUGUGAGUCACAACUGAGUCAGGGAUGUGCUGGAGGAGGGAAGGUGGAUAAAGGUUCUGGGAGGAGUCCCCUGGUAGAUGAGCCACUUCUCUGUGCUCUGCUCAGAUUCACUAGGACAUUGGGGACAUUUUCCAUGGACCUGGUGGAACAUGUCAGCAGUACCCCACAAGCACAUUUACUGGAGAGCUCUGCAUCUGCUUCUUCAGGAGCUCAGAGUUGCAGAUUUGAGUGCAGCUCUCAUGGAGAUGACAGAUCUCUUAUCCCUCUUCUCAUUCUCACUCUGCUCCUGGUACAGGACUGUGCACACGGGGGUGGGAAAGGGCUGCCACCCCAGCCUAAGCAUUCUAUGCUGAACACACCUAGCCACAUCUGUAUAUAUUUCUUAAUAGUCUGCAAAACUUCCUAUAAGUAAUCUGAUGAGACCUUAGGCAGCCUUUGAGAGAGGCUGGAGUAACAGAUACUAUUGUAAUUCCUAUUUUUAAAAAUAGAUGAAGAAACCAUCACUGUCAUUAGUGAAGUCAGAAACCUAAUUAGGUCUUUAGACUCCCACCCUAUAGGUCUUUUCUUCUGGAUCGUUUUCCCCCAAAUUACCCAACCAUAAGAAUUACUUGAUUGCUGUUGUUAAAGAUGUAUUGUUGGACCCUGCCUUGAAGAUUGAUGUGGAUGGGUCUGGGACUAGAAUUUGAACUUCUGACAUGCAUUUCAAGAGAAUUCUAUGAUCAGAUGCAUUUGACAAAUACUGCAGUAGGUUUUACUUCUAAUGUAUCCCAAACUGCUGGUCCCGAUGCUUCCUUGGGCUUUGGAAUUUUUUCUUCAAAUGUUCUGUUGAAGUCCAUCCCACUCCCUGAACGCCAGCAGUCUAGCUGUCACUCUCAUGACUCGCUCACCAGAGCUCAGUGGUGGGAGAACUAUGUGAAGCAGAAAGAAAAGAGAGCUAGGGGCACUCCCUAGGAACCUGUUCUAGAUGUUUCCAUUCCAAGAAUAGUGAUUUGUUGUGACAAUCUCAAAUCAAAUAACAAGACUUACAGGUAAUUGUCUCAUUCCCUUGGUACCAUUCCUAGUAAAAGUUAGAUUAUGAAUAGAAAAAAUAGAGGCCAUUGGGGAAAUGGCAAAAAAAAAAAAAAAAAAAGAUUUUUUUUAAGCAUUCAAGUAUU